CAUUCUCAUCAACUUCAGAUAUGGAUUUCCUUAUUACCAAACCAGGCACUCAAAAGAGAGUUGCAGUAGUGACAGGAGGCAACAAAGGCAUUGGUUUUGAGAUUGUUAGACAGCUUGCAAACAAUGGAAUCAUGGUUUUAUUAACAGCAAGAGAUGAGAAAAGAGGAACUGAAGCUGUUGAGAAGCUCACAAACUCUGGAGUUUCUGAUGUUUUGUUUCAUCAGCUUGAUGUUUCUGAUCCUGCUAGUGUUCUUUCUUUAGCUCAAUUCAUCAAGAUAAAUUUUGGAAAACUUGAUAUCUUGGUGAAUAAUGCUGCAGUUUCAGGAAUAGAGCUUGAACCAGAUGCCAUGGAUUUUACUCAAACAAAUGGAAUUCUGAACAAAAUGAAGUAUUUUAAUUCAGCAAAGCAGACAUAUGAAAUGGCAAAAGAAUGCUUGAACAUAAACUAUUAUGGAACAAAGAGUGUCACAGAGACACUCAUUCCUCUUCUUCAGUUAUCUCUUUCACCAAACAUUGUCAAUAUCUCUGCUCUUUAUGGACAGUUAAAUUUCAUUCCUAAUAAGAACAUCCAAAAGGAGUUGAGUGAAGUGGAUGAUCAAACAGAAGUGAAAAUUGAUCAAAUGCUGCAGAAAUUUCUGAAUGAUAUGAAGGAAAACAAGUUGGAAGAGAAUGAAUGGCCAACUCAAGUAGCUGCAUACAAGGUUUCUAAAGUGGCCUUGAACACAUACACAAGAAUUAUUGCAAGAAAAUUGAACACAUUUUCCAUAAAUUGUGUGAAUCCUGGUUUUGUUAGAACAGACAUGAAUUGGAAUUCUGGGAUUUCAACAACUGAAGAAGGUGCUACUUGUCCUGUGAUGCUGGCUUUGCUUCCUAAUGGAAGUCCCUCUGGUUUCUUUUAUGACAACAAUAUGGAAGUGAUUUCCUUUCAGUGAAUUAACAAUUGGAAGUGAUGUUCUUUUUCCAUGAAUUUUCAUAUUUUGAAUAACUAUGCUCUUCCAUUUCACAUUUUACACAGAAAUGCAAAAUUUCG